CUAAAAAAAGCCAUUCCCCUCAACCCCCCCACUGGUUUGUCCUGCCUGCGACGUCCUGCGUGCGUGCGGUCACCGAAAGGCAUUUACCAUCGUCUUACGUGAGUUUGCUGAGUACUUUGGACAGCAGCAGCAGCGGCAAACAACAACACAACAAAGUGUCGCGAGGUUGGACCAUUCCAUCGAUAGAGUUUUCUUGACUUCCGAAUCUGUUGAAACGGUCUCUUCCCCCUAUUGCUUCUUUUGGUCCGGUGCUGGCAACAACGAAAACAUGAAUAGCGGAACAAUGCAGCUAUCGCAGCAGUUUUUUGCUGGCAUGCAGGGUGGCGGAUCCGGUAUGGGCCCCCCUGCCGGUUCCGCUGGAGGAGAUAAUAGUAAUGCUGGAGGUGCUAAUAAUAACGACGAUGUCUCCAACGCAGGACAAACUGGAGGUGAUGCCAACCAGGGCGGAGCUGGAGUCCUUCUGCAGCGGAUGCAGCAAAUGCAACGACAAAGUCUGUCCGGGCUUUCCACCUCCUCUGGUAUCCCUACAAGAGGCCUGAACUUGGAUGGCUUGAAUAUGGCCCAGUUGGGACAAGGAGGAAAUUUUUCUGGAGGACAAACUGGAAAUCUUGGUGGCAAUCUAAAUUUUGGAGCUGGAGGCCUGGGAGGCGGUGCCGGCGCCCCUGGUACAGGUGGCCUAGGAGGCGGAGGGCUUGGCUCUGGAGCUGGUGGAUUUCAGAAUUUGCAAGGCUUGGGAUCACUGGAGGGCGUCAACCUUGCUAAUUUGUCAGGAAACCUAUCCAGUCUGUCUGGGGCUGGUGGUUUUGGAGCUGGCCUAGGCGGUAAUGCUGGAUUGCAGAACCAAGGCCUGGGUGCUCUAGGUGGCGGACAAAAUUCGAACCUAUCUGGUCUCUCGGGCCAUGGAGGAUUAGGAGGUGGUGGAGCCGGAGGAGGGGCUGGUGGAGCAGGAGGUGGAGCUGAUGGUCUUGGCGGUGGUGGAGCAGGACUUGGCUCUGGUUCUGGUGGUCUACAGAAUAACCAAGGUUAUGGGUCCCUCGAAGGAGUCAACCUAGGAAACCUGUCAGGGAAUCUGUCGGGUCUUUCUGGGGCUGGAGGAUUGGGAAGUCUAGGUGGUAACGCUGGAUUGGGAGCUGGCCUAGGUGGCAAUGCAGGAUUGGGAGGUGGUUUUGGAGGCAAUGCAGGAGGACUACAAAACCAGGGCCUAGGAGCCCUUGGUGGCGGAAACAACUCAAACUUAUCAGGUCUCUCAGGUGCAGGAGGUUUAGGAGGAGGCGGUGGACUUGGUGGGGCUGGUGGCCUGCAGAAUAAUCAGGGCCUUGGUGCCCUAGGUGGUGGACAAAACUCAAACCUGUCCGGCCUCUCUGGUGCUGGUGGUUGGGAUCUCUCUGGGCUCUCUGGUGCAGGGGGUUUGGGAGGAGGCGGUGGACUUGGAGGUGCAGGUGGCCUACAAAACAAUCAGGGCCUUGGUGCAUUUGGUGGUGGACAAAACGCAAAUCUAUCAGGCCUUGGUGCUGCAGCAUUGGGCGGAAGCGGAGGACUUGGAGGACUGCAAAACAACCAAGGCCUAGGAGCGCUGGGAGGAGGCCAAAAUUCGAAUUUGUCUGGUCUGUCAGGGGCUGGUGCUUUUGGUGGAGCAGGCGGUCUACAGAAUCAAGGCCUUGGCGGGCUGGAAGGCAUGGCAAAUCUCAGUGGACUCAAUUCUGGUCUCAACGCAAAUUUGGGUGGAAACUUCGGGGGCAACCUUGGAGGCAAUCUUGGCGGCGGGCUUGGACAGAACUUGGGCUCAGCGCUUGGUGGAGGCGGCGGGCUCGGCGGAGGCCUUGGAGCGGCAUCUGGUCUUCAGAAUCAGCGUCUCGGAGGGCUCGAAGGCAUGGCAAAUCUGUCUGGUGCUGGUGGAGGCAAUCUCAGCGCAUCCAUGAUGGCAAACUUGUCAGGUGCACCAGGUGCUGGUGGCGCUGGGAACCUCCUCGAUAUGCAGCGUGCGGAAAACAUUCUUGCAGCCGCUAUUGCCGCUGCCAACAAAAACCCCAACGACAAUUCUAAUGCAAAUGCUCCGAACGGAGCCCCAGGACCCAAUGGACUGAAUCCGCAAGCGCUAGGACUGAAUCAACAGUCGCUGGAUCUCAUGCGAAGAGCGAGCUUAGGCCCCGGCGGAGCCGGGCUCGGUGGCUUUGGGGGCGCAAAUUUAGGUAUGGGUGGUUUGCAAGGUGGAGGCUCUCAAAAUGCGCAAGGCAUGAUGGGAGCCCCUUCCCCGGGAGGAAUGCAAGGCGGUUUCAACGCGAACAAUCUCAACCUCAACAGUUUAGGAGGUGGCCAACCCGCACCAUCGCCGAUGGGGGGUGGUGCGUCUGCAUUAGAGUCUGCACUUGCCAAUAUGAACCAAAACAACCCAGGACAAUUUAAUCCCUUCCAGAAUUUGACCCCCGAGCAGCAAGCGCUGAUUGCAAAGAACCCCGCAUUUUCGUCUCUCGCUCAACAGGCAGCUGGUGGGAACCUUGAUAACUCGAUCCACAACAACAAUAACAACAACAACGGUGCAAACUCUGCACCGGGCCCCGCUGCCCCUGCCAAUUCAAUGGGCGCGCCCGCAGGGGCUCCCGGGUCUGAUCUCCAAGGUCUCCUGAACCAAAGCGGUGCGAUGGGCAACCUCGGCGGCCCUGGUGGACUAGGUGCUGGUGCCUUUGGUGCGGCUGGUCUGGGAGGAUCCUUGAGCGCAGCCGGACUUGCUGGAUUGGGAGGAGGCCAGCUUGGAAACGCUGGGUUGCAAAACCUGCAGAACCAAGGACUCGGAGCCCUUGGUGGUGGUGGUGGUGGUGGCCAAAACCACCACCAAAACAUGAAUCUCUCGGGCGCUGGAGGCUUGGGUGCAGGCGGCCAUGGGGGUGGUGCAGGCGGCGGCGGUGGUGGCAUUGGAGAUGCUGGUGGUCUACAGAACCUACAGAACAAUCAAGGUUUAGGUGCACUUGGUGGUGGCCAAAAUGGAAUCCUGUCAGGCCUCUCUGGCGCAGGUGGUUUGGGUGGAGGAGGUGGACUCGGCGGUGCUGGUGGGCUACAGAACAAUCAAGGACUUGGAGCGCUUGCCAAUGGGCUCAACCUAGGAAAUCUGGGAAACCUCAACUUUGGUGCUGGGGGGAAUCUAAACCUGGGAGCCGGAGGCAAUAUCAACAAUCUCGGUGAUCUUCAAGCUCAGCAACAACAACUGCAGCAACAAUUACAGCAGCAACAACAACUGCAACUGCUCCAGCAGCAACAACAGCCAGGGCAACAACAACCACAACAGGAUGAGCCACCAAAACGCCGCAGCUCAUCCUUGUCGUCGACUGGUUCGUUGACGCAGUUCUCUCGCCGCCGAAGCUCAUUGGGUAUGUUUGGAGCACCCGGAGGUGGUGCAAAUAACAACGAUUUCCAGAAGCUCUUUUCGAACAUGCCCAAUGAUGAAGACGAAAGCGGAGCCACAGGAUCAGUAGCAGAGAAGGGCAAGAAAGCCAAGGCCAAAGGAAAGGCCAAGAAAACGGGCAAAGGUGACAACUCGGGUAGUGACCAGAGUGGCGCUGCUGCCAAGCUGGCUCAAAUGAAGAAAGACAAGAAGAAACGGGCGAAAACUUUCCCCGAGAAACUAAUGGAAGCUCUGAUGGAACACUCCGACGAAGAAGCCGUGGCUUGGUUGCCUGAUGGAAAAUCCUUUGUCAUUGUCAAUCCUGACAUGUUCUGUGAGGACGUACUCAGCAACGUGUUCAAAGUCAGCAAAUAUGCUUCCUUUGUGCGCAAACUGCACCGUUGGGGUUUUGUCAGACUCACAAGCGGUACAGGCACUGACUGCUUCCAUCAUCCACUCUUCCAACGAGCCAAGAAAGACUUGGCCUCAAAAAUUAUUUGUACUCCACGUGCUGAUCUUCCACCCGGUGCGAACGGCGUUCCUGGCAUGGGCGCAGUUGGCGGAAAAGACCAAGCGAAACUAAUCGGCAUGGGCGCAUCAGAUAGCAAGCCACCGAGUUUGGCUGGAGUCGAGAAGUUCAUCCGAGCCAAAGUCGCCGCAGAACAGGCAAAGAACAAAGGCAAACCAGGUAUGGGUAGCCCGGGAGGUUUGUCCUCCGGUCUUCCAGCAAUGGACGGCAAGACUGACGAAGACGGAGAUGAUACUUCAGGAGACGACAUGGACGGCGUUGUUUCCUAAGCAAUGCUCUAUUAAUUCAAAAAGUGCAUUUUGAAUACCGUAUGAUAAUCCUGUAUUCCACUAAUACUUCACACCAAAAGGAAGAAAUAUACAAACUUGGUUAUUAGUGCCACAGUAACUGUUAAUACACUACCGUAGCUAGGCGAGAUAAUUGUACCGA